UCAUUGAGCGACGCGACGCUGCGGCUACAGGGUAGUUACGAACAAAGUGAUUUAGAAAUAAACUUUUCUUGCCACAGUAAAGCCACUAAUUAUUGAUAUUCUGAAUGUUGAAAUUGUUUAUUUUGGUCCCCGGGACCCUGUUAGUGCAUUUUGGCUAUUAAUUUCCUGGUGGUUAAACGACAGAAUGGCAAUGAACAAGCUUGGUUCCUCCGGCUGGUGAUGAACGCGUCGUCGCUGAUGGUGCUGGUGCUGUUCGUGGGGGUGGGGGUGGCGAGUCUCCCCCCUCCCGAGAACCGUCCUAAGCUGCACGACCCCAGCAUACAGGAGGUGCUGUCGUCUGCGGGAGUGUUCUCGGUGCUGUUCCUCGGUGUGUACGAAGUAUCACGGCUCAGCAAGGGGCGCCGCCCCAACCACCCACCGCCGGCGCUGCGGGCGCGUCGCCCCCUGCGUCGCGUGGUGCCCCUGGCAGCGUCCCUGCUCGUCGCGGGGGUGGUGCUCGCUAGCUUCCCCCUCGGUCUCGUGCUCACUCUCAUCACCGGCGGAGGGUGA